UUAUCAAAAGAGUAUUCUAUAGUACGAUAACCCCAGUAUUCUUGUUAUUCAGGGACUCUUGGUAUUUGCUUUUAUAAAGUAUUGAUCUGCAGUGUUACCUCAUCCUGCCUGCAUAUUAUCCCAUGCAGGUUAUUUGUGCUCAGUCAGGAACAAAUAAGGUGAUUCUUCUUCUUUUUGAUGCAGCAAGGAACCAUCUCACAACAUCUAACCGGUCCGUUCAGCCUAUCUGUAUCUGCCCAACACCAAAACAGCUUGAGAAUACUCCCAAGUCUCUCAUGACCUUACUCUUUAGCGAGCCUCAGUCCGGGAUAAGGGUCCGCAUCAGAACCACUACAGUCUAGCUCAAGCCCGGGUUCUUUCGGAAUUGGGGUUUCAGUUGGUGCGCUUGGCUCUUAUAGUGGAGAUCCCGAACUUUCCCCUUCUCUAGUUAGAACCAGAAAAAUCACGACAGGGACGCUGGAGAAUCUGCUCACUAUGAACCAAUUCUCCAUUUUGCGCGGCUCUGUCGGACAUCAUUCACCGAUGCUACCACUUCGUCUGCCCUGCCUCGGGCCUCUGAUCCGUCAGGUCUGGCCUGCGAUCAUAAAACGUCAGCCCAGAAUUCAACGUUAGCAUAGAGACUACCUCAAGAGGUGUAGUGUCCGAGGCGCUUCUACAAGCUGACUAAAGCGGAUUAAAGGACAUUGCAGCCGCUGUUGAGACCUCGGUCUUCAAAUUGAUGGCGUAAUUUGACGCAAGCUCAUGAAUCGCGUACGGGAUCUUCAUCCUAUAUCGAAUAUCAUGACAUAACGUUCUAGUUUUACGGGGUAUUUGACACUACCAGUUUGCAUCAUGAACCAACAUGACAGGUGGAUAAGCAAUUCCAAGCCAUUAUGAGGUUAUUUUCGAUGCAAAUGAGGGAGAGAAACGGUUUAUUGGUUCUCUCCCUGCUAAUUAUUUCAUCAUUCCCUCCGUCUUCUCCGGCCUUUGGCAUGCUCUCUUCCGGGGAAAGAUACGUAUACUCCCGAUCCGGGGUUUUGCCCGCCGCGCCGAUCCGUCCUCCGGCCUGUAGCUAAAGCUUCAACCUCCAACCACAAGAAAAAAAAUACACAAAGCCCACCGAGACACAGCCAACAACCCCGGAUUCGCCAUGACGUCUACCGUCGACUCUCCACAGUCGAAUCGCUGGUUUGUCGUCCCGGGCCCCAUUCGAAACCUGUUCAACCACUUCCCCCUUCACGUAUACAGCCCCGAAGACCUCCCCGUAAGGUCCCCCGCCAGCGUGCGCCAACGACCAGCCUUAUAUGCUUUUGUGGCAGAUGAAGAUGCUUUGACAGGGAAGCCGAGCUAUAAUCCUUCAUGUCUGAAGUGGCAGACUGUGUUGAGAAUCGCUGGUAUUGACUUCGAUAUCGUACCUUCGAAUAACCACGCCUCGCCCUCAGGCGCAUUGCCUUUUCUCCUGCCACCGGCGUCGCAAGUUUCGAAACCCCUUACUGGCGAAAAGAUUCACAAAUACGUUCGCGAGCACGCUGUCCAUGAGCUACCCAGCAUCACAUCACCCCGCCUUGAAGCCUACCAAGCUCUCCUGACACAAAAUAUCCGACCAGCUUGGCUAUAUGUUCUCUACCUCCUACCCGCCAAUGCCUCUCUCCUCAAAAGCCUCUACCUUCCUUCCUCGAUGCUCCUUCGCGCGCCUCUCCACCAGACACUCCACGCCGCGGCCACUUCCGAAAUACUCAAGACAAUACGACGCGCGACCAUCUCACCGUCGCAACUUCUAGCUGACGCCACAACUGCCCUGCGAGCACUAUCAUCCCUACUAGGAGAGGAUAAAUGGUUCUUUGGUGCUGAUGGGCCGGGCUUGUUUGAUGCAGACGUGUUUGCAUACACCUAUCUGAUAGACGAUAAUGCUCUUGCUUGGCAGGACAAGUCAUUGAGUCAGUGCUUGGGAGGACUGGAUAAUUUGAAGAGGCACAAGGAACGGCUAUACAAAAAGUGCUGGGGGGUGGACAAAUUGUGAAUCUAUCAGGAUGCUCAUUAUCCAGGAGGAUAGUUUCAUCCCAUCGUCGUAGAGAAGACGAGACACGGGCUGUAUAAAUAUGUACUAUAUAUAUCACAAAGGAACUGGCAAAGGAAAAUAGAUACGGCCAAGCAGCCAGCUCAGAAUCCCGUGCCUGGUAGAAUAUGCUGAAAAUCGAUUUACCACUGAUCGUCGACA